CUCAAACGGUCGGAAAAGUGCUCUGAUUGCAGCAAAAAAUUAAAAUAAUUGUGAAAAAUCCCAAAACGGAAUAAAAACUUGUAAAAAAUAUUUUUUGUGAUUAAAUUUUAAAAGAAAAAAAAAAUAAAAGAAAAUGCCUGGCAGACCAUUGUGGCAGAUCGCUGGAAAGCGCGACCCCAACGAAGAAGCUCAAGCCCAACGUUGGAUCGAAACCAUCAUUGGAGAACCUUUCCCCUCGAACCUUUGCUAUGAAGAUGCCCUCCGCAAUGGGGUUAUUUUGUGUAAACUCAUGAGCAAACUCUCACCCGGCUCCAUCAACAAAAUCAAUACCUCGGGAGGCGAUUAUAAAUUCAUGGACAAUUUGAACCAAUUCCAACGUGCAAGUAUCGCGUAUGGCGUAGCCGAUGUUGAUUUGUUCCAAGCUGUGGAUUUGGUUGAAAAGAAGAAUAUCAACCUUGUCACUCAAACAAUCUUCGCUAUUGGUCGUGCUUGCUACCGUCAUCCUGAAUUCCGUGGACCUUACUUGGGACCCCCUCCAGCGCAAGAAAAUCGCCGCAACUUCUCCGAAGACACACUCCGUGCUGGCGAAGCUAUCAUCGGCUUACAAGCUGGAACCAACAAGGGAGCAUCUCAAUCUGGACAGAACUUUGGCGCUACCAGAAAGAUUUUGUUGGGCAAAUAAAUCAAAUUUUGAUGAUUGGACGAAUGCGAAGAUGAGAUCGAACAUAUUUUUAAUUUAAUUUGUGUAGAGAAAGCUUUUUAAAUUACAAUUUAUUUUAAUUAUUAUUAUUAUUUUUUUUCAUUGGUAAUGCUUUUUUGUAAUAGAUUUUUUUUUUGCGUAAAUAAUUUUAAAAUUAAUUUUUGUAUGAGAAAAAUAUUUGAUGAUGAAACAGCAAAAAAGUAACAAAUAAACUGAUGAUUCUGACAUUU